AUGGCACAUCCCCCGCGACGCGAAAUAUACAUGAGUAUCCCUGCGGCCAAUGCUGACAAGGAAGAGAGCUUUGAAGAAACACGGGUCCUGGACUACCUACAUGCCUACCGGACGACUGGCAAGCCACCUGGACCAUGUCCCCAGACACCAACGAACGCUGCCGAACGCACUGCUCUAGGCCUACCGCCCCUCUUUGAGCCGCACUCCGAGCUGUUCACAUACCCGACGGACCAGGAUACCAUGGCCAGCAGUCGUCAGCUAAUCACCACGGUUCCCCUUCCUGUUCCUGGGGCAAUGUCAGAUGCGCACGCUUUCCGGGCUACCCGGGGAGACCCAUCCAUCGGCGAUGGUAACACUUUCUACCAGAGCAUCACAGUGCAGCCCGAAUUCAAGGGGUUCUCUUUCGAGGUGCGUCGCGAGCAGCUGCCUUAA